CUCUUUUUCCACCCAAAUCUUCCCAAAUCUUCCUCCAUCCAAAUCUUUUCACACCUCCGGGCGCUAUUCUGGGUCCUCAUGCAUGCACGUUCCUGACCAGCUUCUUUCAGCCAUACACAUUCAUUCAUCAUGACUGCGCCCAAUGAGACCCCGCGCUGGCCUGUCCCGCCGGCUCACUCGAUGCAGCGGUGGACUUCGGCUCCCCGGUAUAUCACCUACAGCCGCCCAUCUUUGGCAAGAACAAGACUCAACUCCAUGUUCUCUUUGUAUCGCCAAACGUUUCGUCUUUCGGCGCUGAAGCCUCACAGUGCGGACGUUUCCUUACCACGGUAGACAGUGGCAAUAUGCAUAGGGGGACUGAGACAGCGAUCAAUCCUGCCCUCAUUCUCCUCCUCUUCAUCUAUGCUGGUAUAAGUUCUGCCAACAUCCUGUACGAUCCUCCCAAGCACAACCCGCUGAACAUCGAUUGGGAUCCAGCUCCAUCACCAGAAGACGGUCCACCACUUUCAGCUCACGCCUCGAGAGAUCCAGCACUGAUCCCCGCCCAAGUUGGAGCUAUCCUGGGAGCUUAUCUCUUCUCGGUCUGCGUUGUCGGUAUAGCUCUGGUUCUCAUCGGACGAAAGCUUCGUCUUUCGGUUCAGCGUGCUGCCAGAGCUCUUGAUAUUGAGAUGGUACACCCAGCACCUAUCAUAACACAGUUCAACCCUACUCCACUUUCACCAGGAGGUGGACCUCGAAAUUUCUCUUGGCCUUCACCAGAGAAGGAUACCAAGAAUCCAUACAUUUACCCCAGCUCUGUCAGAUCACCAGUUACACCUGCCGGAUCAGAUCCAUACGUCGAUACCCGAAUUGUCGAGGCUGACCGGGAAAUGAUGGAUCGUGAUCUGGAGGAUAUCUAUGCGCACGUUAUGGAGCAGGAAGAAGCUAAGAAGGCGGGUGUGAAUGUGAAGGAGCUGCCACCACCUUUACUGCAGAAGACAGGCCCAGUUCCAAUGUCAGCACCUCAGCGAACUCCCAAGGGUCGUCCAUCAAACCUCAAUUUCGAUGAGCCAAAGACAAAAUCGCGAGCUUCAUCUAUUAUCUCUUCACUGAUUUCUCCAAGAAAGAAGGGACUUCGAGCAAUGAACAUCUCUUCGCCCCUGGCUACACCGAUGUCAGCGACUUUCCCCCAAAGCGGAGCAUCAGACGAAGAGCCUCUUACACCAAAAUACUACAAUCCUCCUCCACCCCCACCAAUCCCCAAAGACCAAGAACCAUACAACCAUUCACGACAAAACUCCAACGGCGUCUCCCCAACCCGAACCAUCGACGAGCAACUCAGCUCCAUGAACCUAAACCCCUACAAACAACACCGCCCCAACCCCUCCCAAACCUCCAUGGACCCCACAUCCGCCACAUCCACCACCUCUCAAACGCCCCUCUUCCCACCCCCACGAUCCCAGAAAUCAACUCCCCAACCCCCCGCCUCGAACAACUCCUCCACUCGCGCCCUCCCCUUCCGGCAAUUCGAGCCAGCGAUCUUAUCCCCGUCCUUCGCACCCACGACUAAGACGACGGUGCUGGAGCGAACAGGACCCUCGCACCACGGCCCAAAUACAGCGGGUUUGAAGACCCCCUGGUCAGCGGGCGCGACGCCCUAUUCGCCGUACCAGCCGUUCACGCCGUUGGUUCCGAUGACGCCGACGCUUGUUACGAGGGAGGAGCGGAAGGCGAGGAAGAAGGCUGAGGGGAGGGCGCCGGUGUUGGAGAUGGUGAAGAGUGCGGAUGAGACGUGGGAUAGUGGGUAUUAAACUAUUUUCUUUUCUGGGGUGAUGUAAGGUUGGGGUUUAGAUUCUGAGGUCGAUCCUAUCUCUUUCUUCUUUUUUUUGGUGUUCUUCUUGUUGGUAUAGUUGUUUGGAGGAAGGGGGAGGUGUAUAGGGUAAUGAAUGAUACCAUGAUGAUAU